CCGCUAGAGAAUCGAUGAAAUUAAAAAUGGAGAGUAGAAAAAAGAAAAAGGAACAUGAACUCUGUUCAUUAUCACCGAUGAUUGCGCCAAAUUCUUAAAGCUGGAAUCAUUAAUGUUGGCGCCACUCCACUGGGGCUCAGUGAUACAUCGAGCCCUAAACAUUUUUUUAAUUUCAAGUUUCCCCACUUCCAGUAAUCCCCUAAACUAAUUUAAUCAAACCUGUUGAUUUUUCUGUCCAUAAAUGUCAGAUAUCCAACGGCUCAUCAUUUCCUCACUCAUCUGCAGUUCACAGCCAAGAUGGAGAAAUUAUGGUCUUCACCGCAUAAAGGAUUUCCUCACUCACAAUCUACGCCAUUAAACUUACACACAUCUCGAGAUUUCCUGGUCUUGCGCUUGAUUUUCUAAAUCUGCCACUAGUUUUUGUUUUUUUUUUCCUCUUCGCUUUUUGUACCUGAAUUUUAGUUUGUUUUUCAACGCACUAGCUAGUCGGAAUUCUAGAGAAUCAAGAUUUUUUCAAGCUUGUCAUUAUUUGCAAUGAGAUAUGGACUGUAUAGUUUAUGACCCGAAAAACUCAAUUAAACAUAUUAUUCUGCAGUUUACACUACGGAUUGUAGUGGGUUCUUGCUUCUUAUACUUGGGUAGUUCUAGCUUUUGUUUUUUCUCCCCUUGCUUGUUUGGUAAUGGAAGUUGUAAAAGUAGCUCUGCUACUGUUAUUCUUCAUCUGGGUGGUCUCUGCCUCAGACAGUCAUUUGUCUCCCAAAGGAGUAAACUAUGAAGUGGCGGCUUUGAUGUCAAUGAAGAGUAGGAUAAAGGACGAGCGGAGAGUGAUGCAAGGAUGGGACAUAAAUUCGGUCGAUCCAUGCACCUGGAAUAUGGUUGCUUGCUCUACUGAGGGAUUUGUGAUUUCUCUUGAGAUGCCAAAUAUGGGUUUAUCUGGAACGCUUUCCCCUAGCAUUGGGAACCUGAGUCAUCUUAGGAUAAUGUUGUUGCAAAAUAAUGAGUUAUCUGGUCCAAUUCCCGAUGAUAUAGGAGAACUUUCAGAGCUUCAGACUCUUGACCUUUCUAACAACCAGUUCGUAGGCGGGAUUCCAAGUUCUUUGGGCUUUCUUACUCGUUUAAAUUACUUGAAGCUCAGUAGUAACAAGUUAAGUGGACCAAUACCAGAAUCUGUUGCAAAUAUCUCAGGCCUUUCCUUUUUGGAUUUAUCGAACAAUAAUCUCAGUGGUCCAACUCCUAGAAUACUUGCGAAAGAGUACAGUGUGGCAGGGAAUAGCUUCCUUUGUGCAUCUUCAUUAUCUAAAUUUUGUGGUGUAGUUCCGAAGCCAGUUAAUGAAACUGGUUUGUCUCAGAAAGAUAAUGGCCGUCAUCACUUGGUUCUUUACAUAGCUCUAAUUGUGAGUUUCACAUUUGUGGUUUCUGUUGUGUUACUUGUUGGCUGGGUGCAUUGUUAUAGAUCUCAUCUUGUCUUCACAUCCUACGUGCAGCAAGAUUAUGAAUUUGAUAUAGGUCAUCUGAAAAGGUUUACAUUCCGCGAGCUACAAAAGGCAACAAGUAAUUUUAGUCCCCAAAACAUUCUGGGACAGGGUGGUUUUGGAGUAGUUUAUAAAGGUUAUCUUCCAAAUGGGACAUAUGUUGCUGUCAAGAGACUGAAAGAUCCAAAUUACACUGGAGAAGUGCAGUUUCAAACUGAAGUUGAAAUGAUUGGCUUAGCAGUGCACCGCAACCUCUUACGUUUAUAUGGCUUUUGUAUGACCCCAGAUGAGAGAUUGCUGGUUUAUCCUUAUAUGCCAAAUGGGAGUGUUGCUGACCGUCUUAGAGAUGCAGGCCAAGAGAAGCCUUCAUUGAAUUGGAACAGAAGAUUGUGUAUUGCCGUUGGCGCAGCACGUGGACUUCUAUACUUGCAUGAGCAGUGUAACCCAAAAAUUAUUCACCGGGAUGUGAAAGCUGCAAAUAUUCUUCUAGAUGAAAGCUUUGAAGCGGUGGUCGGCGAUUUUGGUCUGGCAAAGAUGUUAGAUAGGAGAGAUUCACAUGUUACUACUGCAGUUAGAGGCACAGUGGGACAUAUUGCCCCGGAAUAUCUUUCAACUGGACAAUCUUCAGAAAAGACUGAUGUUUUUGGAUUUGGCAUAUUGGUUCUUGAACUCUUGACAGGGCAAAAAGCACUUGAUGCUGGCAAUGGUCAAAUUCGAAAGGGAAUGAUCCUCGAAUGGGUUAGAACAUUACAUGAGGAGAAGAGGUUAGAUGUGCUGGUGGACAGGGAUCUUAAAGGAUGUUUUGAUGCCAUGGAGCUUGAAAAAUGUGUAGAGUUGGCUCUGCAGUGUACUCAAUCACAUCCACAACUUCGACCAAAGAUGUCCGAUAUCCUGAAGAUUCUAGAAGGUCUCGUUGGACAGUCUAGCCAAAUGGAGGAAUCACCAGUUGGAGCAAGUCUUUAUGAGGAUAGACCUCACAGUUUCUCAAGAAAUUACAGUGAUAUUCAUGAAGAAUCUUCAUUUGUGGUCGAAGCCAUGGAGCUUUCAGGACCUCGGUGACAACAAGAGUUUAGAAAAACAAACAGUAUUGCAUCUCAAAGAGAUGGAAAGCACUUAUCUCCAUAACAUGUUCCACAAAAUCCAGAUGCUAACAACAGACCCUCAUGGUGACUUGUGUAAUUCUAUCAUUUUGUAUUGUAGGAUUCGUUGGGGAAAAAGAAAAGUCACACGAGAAGUUCACACAAUCAAGGAAUUAACUUCCAAUAAUGUUCCUGAAAUGGUAAAAAUAUAAAAAUUAAAGACUGGUACAGUUCAACACCAUUGGGAUAUCAAAUACGUUAGCAGAUAUUGAGGUUUGAGAUUCUUUAUUUUGGGGACAAAACAAAGUAUACAGAAGAACUGUCAUGAUGUAUUUGGAGAAGAAGUUACGCAAAUGUGGCUGUAAGUCAUCUUUGAAAAAAAGGUUAUUUGAUUCUGCCCCUUCAAUGAGCAAAAUAAAACAUGGGAAUGGCCUUUUGGACCCUUUUUCUUUGCCUGCCAUUGGUUUUGUUAUUUGGAAGGCACGCUGUUCCUUCUGACUUGUGACAAUUCUAAGACCCCACUUCCCUUUUUUUAAAACAGAAUAAUUUUGGGUUCAAUGUCCA